GCACCACCAACACCACGGCCAACUACACUCAUUUACUAUCUAUCUAUUCUUAUAUCUGUUGAGGACGAUGCCAUGUUUAUGAGGCUUCUUGUCUGAGCCCCUCACUUUUAGCUUCAGGCCGGUCCAGAGGACCUGUGCCGCAGCUGUCCGUGGAUCAUCGGAGCCCCCAUCAACAUCAACAUGGCAGCGUCUGACAGAAUGGCGCUGCCAGAAAAGGACGCCCUCGUACCCAGUCCGAAUUUACAAUGCCAUCACCUUAUGUCCGAGCCGCCGCCGGGGCAGUUACCUGGGUCCAGUGCCUUCGGCGGUUACGCGCCGUCAACCACGGCGACUCAUAACUCUAGGAUAUACUCGGAACGGCAACGCUCGGAUUCUGAUCGUACGAAGGUCUCAUACAUGUCGAAGGUGUCUGAAGCAUCCGAAUCUCGAAGCACUCGGCCCACCGGCCAUGGCGCAGUUAGAUCUCUUCCAUCAUGGAUAGACUCCGUCGAGGUAUACAAUGAAGACGACGACUCUAAAGUGACCGACCGAUUACUCGCGCAGCCCACACCAUCGGUCGCACCACAGCAUCCCUAUGCUACAACCAGAGCCGAGAGACCCGUCUCCAAAGACGGCUUCGUCGACUUCGACGAUCCCACCGAAGCCGCCAAAUCCGCGCCCGAACGCACCCUCUUCGGAACAACGCGCGAACCCGUCAGGGGCCGCAAAUGGGACCACGCGCGCGACGACGACCCGGUGAUCCUGCAGUACCAUGGUGGCAACGCGCAGCGCUGGUCGGGCUUCGUGAAGGCGUCGAUGUAUGGACCCGGGAUGGACGAGGAGAGUGAGACGGUUGAGCCGACGUUCCUCGACGAGCAAACACCCGGAUACGCACAGCCGUGGCGGGGAGACGCGCCAGGAACAGACCCGGAAAAAGCACUUGGGUUGCUCCAUAGCAAGAAGAAGCGCCUGCAGUGGUACGAGCGCAUGCAACGCAUCAUCCUGAUGCAUCCCCUUGUUCCGCUCGCCUUCCGCCUCACCGUCCUCGCAACCUCGACUAUUGCGCUCGGCCUCUCCAGUUCCAUCUUCCAUCUUACGCGUACGAGCCCGUUCGAACAAUCACCCUCGGGCAUCAUGGCCAUCGUGGUCGAUGUUAUCGCGCUGCCGUAUAUUGGGUACAUCACGUGGGACGAGUAUACAGGCGCCCCGCUCGGGUUGCGUGCGCCGAAAACCAAAAUGCGCCUCGUGCUACUGGAUCUCUUCUUUAUCAUCUUCGAGUCUGCGAAUCUCUCGCUUGCGUUCCAGGCUAUCACCGACCGCGAUGGCGCAUGCUUUUCGAAAAUUGGAGGCAAUGAAAAAGAGCAUCAUAUGGAUGCGAAUCUGUGUGGGCAGGUGAAGGCGUUGGCGGCAAUAUUGUUUGUGGCGCUGGUGGCAUGGGGAUUGACGUUUACAGUUAGCAUUCUCAGGUUGGUGCAGCGCGUUGGCGGGCGCGACGAGAAGGAUUGAACAUACAGCCAUUUACGGCGCAAUAUUUUUUAGGCACGUUAGAAACAUUACUCACUGCAUGGAGUACCAGCAAUUUCCUUUUGUGUUUUUCGACGGCACGGCGUUCGUUGCAUGGUUGGCUGGGCGGAGGG